AUUCCUCCAAUCAAACCCCUCGAUACGGCACGACCCGCCGUGCGUGAUACUGAUAACAGUUUUCACUCGCGAUGGUUGAGGAUCUGUUGUCGGGUAGAGGCCCGUUAACGCCAAAUAAAGGUGAAACUACUGUUUAUCGAUGCAAAAUAUGUGAGAUGACUGGCACACAAUUUUCCGGCUGAAAUCGUCUAGCUAAAGAACAAAAUACGCAACGUAUGUUUAUGAGUCGACGUCAUUCACGCAUUCAAACGCAACCCCACCCGCCUCUCAGGUAAGCUCGCCUAUAUCGUGAGGUGUAAAGAUGAAACUGACCGGAGGCACGUCUCACAGCAUUCUUUGGGAGACUUCAGACGGUCGGUGAGAGGCAUGCAGAGUGGAGACAAACGUUGCAAGACUUGCAGUUACGGAUGUGUGCUGGCUUCCUGAAGGUUCAACAUGAAAGGGGGACAUUCAAGGUGUGCUUUCUCCCUGGGCUUUGUGGUGGGCAGCUGUACUUUGUACGUCUUCUUGAGACAGGUGUGGUUUGAGGAGAGCUUCACCUGGCAGCAUGAUGGCAAGAGCAACCUUACUCCACUAGGGCCAGAGCAAAACACCCACAAUCUAACCUGGAGAGUGGAAGGAUCUGCCCUGAUCAACUUCAGGCAGCCUCACCAGUCAGAAGAGAAGAGCCACAUUGCAGAUGAGCUAUUUAAGAAGGUGCGUAUCCUGUGCUGGGUGAUGACAGGGCCCAGUAAUCUACAGUCAAAGGCUCAGCAUGUGAAAGCCACAUGGAGCCGUCACUGUAAUGUAGUGCUAUUCAUGAGCUCUGUAGAAGAUCGCAGCUUCCCCACAGUGGGUCUCGGCACAGGAGAAGGCCGUGAUCAGCUCUACUGGAAGACUAUUCGUGCCUUCCACUAUGCUCUGAAGAACCACGGCAAUGAGGCAGACUGGUUCCUCAAAGCUGAUGAUGACACGUUUGUUGUUGUGGACAAUUUGCGCUGGAUCUUGUCAAACUACACGGCAGAGCAGCCCAUAUACUUUGGCAAGAGGUUCAAGCCGUACACCAAGCAGGGCUACAUGAGUGGCGGUGCAGGUUACGUGCUCAGUAAAGAGGCUCUUCGAAGGUUUGUGGAGGGUUUUAGCACUAAAGUGUGCACUCAUACCACCUCAGUGGAGGAUCUUGCUAUGGGUCAGUGUUUGGAGAAAAUGGGGGUGUUAGCAGGGGACUCGAGGGACACACUGCACAGAGAAACCUUCCAUCCUUUCAUUCCUGAACACCAUCUUACAGGCAAGUUCUCCAAGACCUUCUGGUACUGGAACUACUGCUUCUACCCUAUUGUAGAGGGCCCACAAUGCUGCUCUGACCUAGCAGUGUCUUUCCACUACAUAGACCCUGUGCUAAUGUAUACUCUCGAGUACUACACUUACCGAUUGAGGCCCUAUGGCUACCAACACCGCUACCAGCCUUCAGUGCCUUCUAUACUAUCCCAGACUGUGAAGCCCACCAAAGAAGUUCAGAGAUUAGAGGAGCAUGUCAAUAAAAUGUCAAUUUUAGAAAACACCAUGAAGCCCGAAGCUGAUGCAGAGAAGACUAGUGAAACAGACAAAGUCUCAAAUGCUACCCUGGAGAAAAAAGCAACUGACAGCAAUACAGCAUCAACACUACAAAGCCAACGAUAGCCUUAAGGUGUGGGAGCACAUCUUAUAGAUGGCCUGAGGACAUAAAAGGCUGGAAUAAGAGAGUAUUACAACAAGGACACGCUGAACAAUCUCGUUUGAAAUCAGAAUGCUGUGUGAAAGUGAAAAGCUGAGUUUUAUAUGAUC